AUGACUGGAAAGUAUGAAGGGACUCUGCUAGUGGCCACAGCACAAGAUGGUAACUUCCAGAUAUUUCCACUAGCUUUUGGAAUAGUGGACUCUGAGAAUGAUCACGCAUGGGAAUGGUUUUUUAGAAAAUUGCGGGAGUGUUUUACAGACGAGUAUCCAUUGGUGAUAGUUUCAGACCGGCAUCAUUCCAUUAAGAAGGCAUGUGAGACUGUAUUACCAUGGGUAACACGCGGUAUAUGCUAUUAUCAUCUGCAACACAAUAUUGUCACUAAGUUUAAAGGGAAGCAUCUUAUGUACUUAGUCAAACGUGUUGCGUAUGCAUAUACGGUACAUGAUUUUAACCGUUAUAUGGACGAGAUAAGGCAUAUAAAACCUGACCUUGCAACGUACCUGGAGGAGGCUGGCAUUCAGUUGUGGUCAAGAGUUCACUUUCCAGGUGAUAGAUACAAUAUAAAGACGAGCAACAUCGCAGAGUCUAUCAACUCUGCUCUCAAACGGGCACGGGGAUUUCUCAUAGUAUUCCUGUUGGAGUACUUACGGGCAAAGCUAAUAAAGUGGUUUUGUAAAAGGCGGGAAGAUGCUUUGAGUCUUCCAACCAACCAUACUCGAGGAGUUGAAUAUUUGUUGGCAAUUCGUUCACAUUAUGCUGAUAAGUUAACGGUUGAAGGCAUAGAUGGUUGGCGAUUCAAUGUGAGAGGAGGCUCUCAUGUUAUAGCCGUUUCAGAUGCAAUGCAUAUGCAUCUGGCCACUCUUGUAUGCCCGACAUACUCCAAAGAUUACUUGUAUGCAGCGUACUCGCAUAAUAUAUAUCCUCCAAGCAUUGCAAUGAAAACCGAUGAAACAACACAAUGUCUACCUCCGGAGGUCCGACGUAAAAAAGGCAGGCAGAGGAAGUCAAGAAGGCAAACUUGGCUGGAAAUUUCGAGGCAUAAGCAAAAGAAACCCCGUAAGAUCCACAAGCAGUACAGUUGUUCGAAAUGUCACCAACCAGGACAUACUAGACCGGAUUGUGUAAGUGUUAUGUUACCUCAUACUUUAAGGGUUUAG